UGGAGAUUGUGGACCCUGUGGAUAUCUAUCUCAACCUCCUUCGGACCAUCUUUGACUUUAAUGCCAUUAAGAGUUUGCUGACUGGGCCAGGCCAACUGAAGAUCCGCAUUGAUGCAAUGCAUGGAGAGCUAAGCAAACUUUUCCAGAAACUCUCCUGUGGAGUACUGAUCCUGUUCAUGAGCAAAUUCUCCUUUGUUGAGAAGCGGAUACUCAGUUCUGUUAAUAAGGACAGUCAUGAGAAGGACUUCAGAGUGGCCAAAUCAAUGAAGAUCCCUGUCUAUGAGACCCCAGCUGGAUGGAGAUUCUUCUCAAAUCUGAUGGACUCGGGACGGUGCUCUCUGUGUGGAGAGGAGAGCUUUGGCACUGGCUCUGAUCACCUCCGAGAGAAAGAUGGCCUCUGGGCUGUCUUGGUCUGGCUCUCCAUCAUCGCCGCCAGGAAGCAGAGUGUGGAAGAAAUUGUUCGGGAUCACUGGGCCAAAUAUGGCCGCCACUACUAUUGCAGGUUUGACUAUGAAGGGCUGGAGCCCAAGGCGACAUUUUAUAUCAUGAGGGACCUGGAGGCCCUGGUCACAGACAAGUCCUUCAUUGGCCAGCAGUUUGCCGUGGGGAGCCACAUCUACAGUGUGGCGAAGACAGACAGCUUCGAAUACGUGGACCCUGUGGAUGGCACCGUGACCAAGAAACAGGGCCUGAGGAUCAUUUUCUCGGAUGCAUCACGGCUCAUCUUCAGGCUUAGUUCCUCCAGUGGCGUGAGAGCCACCAUCAGGCUGUACGCAGAGAGCUACGAGAGGGAUCCCAGCGGUCAUGACCAGGAACCACAGGCAGUGCUGAGCCCUCUCAUAGCCAUUGCCCUGAAAAUAUCCCAGAUUCACGAGAGAACUGGCCGCAGAGGACCCACCGUCAUCACCUGAGUGCAGGAGAGAUCGCUCACCGGGCCAAGGAGAGCACUCAGCCGGAGCUGCUUCACGAUGCUUUCUUGCUACCUGUUUGUGCCUCUUAUGACUUUGGGAAGAAAAAAAAUGAAAAAAAAAAAAAAAAACCAAAAGAUAUUUUGCUGUUGCGGGGGUGGGUAAGGGGUGGGUGGGAAAAGAAAACCGAUUCAUUUCAUUUUGGUUUUGUGCAGUUCCUCCAAAUGCAUCAGGGUCUUUAGUUGUCAUUUUUAUUAUCAUUUGGUAUCURUAUCUUGUCACACAAAGGGGCCUUCCCUUUUUAGAAAAAAAAAAGUGGACAAGGAACCCAUUAAUCCCAAUCCCUGACUUCUUUGGUGCCAUAUGAGUAAAGGUCAUCACAAAAGAAAGAGCAGUGCCAGAAUUAAGCCAACCCUAAGCCAUUGGGACCCCUGAGCAGGUGGAAGACCUCCCCAGCCUGAAGGAGGGGUCAUCCUAGGUUAGGUCUACGAUGAGACAAGGUGUCAGAACUCCUAGUAACCCACCUCAUGACUGCCAACCACCUGAUGGCAUAUGCUCCCCACACCCUGUACACCUUCUUUCACACCUUCUAGAGCUUCCUACAAAUCACAGUGGAACACUUCCAACAAAACAUAUCAAAGGGUGUUCCUCGUUUUGUACAUUAUGUUAUUUUAGCUAUCAAGCUGGCUGCAUUCCUUCAAAUGCAGUCGUUUGCUGUGCAGGUGGCAAGGAGUUUCUUGAUAAGACUGUGCAAAUGAAUGCUUUAAAUCCAGUGGGCCCAUUGUCAAUGACAGCACAGAGGYUAAUACAUGAGUUUACACAAAUUCCUCCCAAGGAGACAAAAAUACCACCACACCUUGUGCAUGAUCUCUCUGACUUUCCCAAUAAGGGCCUAUUUUAAUGUACUUGUUAAAACCCAGUUUUUAUCUUCCUUGUAAUGGCUAUUAAGAAAGAGAGAAUGAAAUGCUGUAAAAUUAGGAAAUGAGAUGGAUUCUGGAAGAAAAUGCUGCUGGUGGGAGAAUAUGGCCCGAUGAGAUAAGGAGAGGGUAGGGACUCCUUUGGGGAAGCAAAGGGUCACAUCUGGCUUACUUUGUCCAGGAAAAGAAUAUUGCAGGUCUAGCAGGCUCCUCUGCACUCAGGACACUUGGGCUGGGACCUGUUUGCGUACAUCUGCUUCCUUGGGAACGGCACGCUCACUGAUCCUGAUGGUGUCACUUGCCGGGSUGACCUAGUGCACUUUGACUGUUAAGCAAUGUGUUAUUGCUGUAGUCAAGGUUAGUGCGAGCAAGGAAACAUUCCCAGCAAGGCAUUUGUUUCCAUUCCUAUCUAAGCUUUUGACAAAAACUUGCUAGGACAUUUAGUAGCCAAAAAAAAAAAGAAAAAAGAAAUCCUUAUUUUAACCUUAUACAAGGGUUAUGGGUUUCAGCUCAUUUGUUUCACCAUUGAGAAACUCCAGGAGUAGUCACCUAUGCUGAUAAAAUCUGUCYUUCAGAAUAUUUACAAGCAUUCUUUUUUGAUUAUUAUGACCUAGGGAAUUUAUUAAAUAAAUGGAACAAAAAAUCUGAAUUGCUCAAAAUUGCCUCUGGGAGUCAGCAAAACCGAAGAUGGCCUCUAGUCUUUCAUUGUAACAGCCUUCAUUUCACAAUACUAGGAAAGUGGUUUUGAGCUGAGAUAUUAAAGAAGUAGUUAUAAAAUACACCACCAAGAGAAUAAAAUUUGCCUUUUAGCUUGUGUUCUCAUUAUGUCUUCAGUUCCCUGAUAAUCAUUGAUUCAUUCAUUCAUUGUGGUUGUGAUGUGUUGGUCAGGAAAAUCAGGUGCAUUCUUAAGUGUAUGAAUUCUGGGUGAGAAAAUAUUUAGAUGAACUUUUGACYAUCUCUAACUUUUUAGUUUAAAUGUAGUCUCCACUUAAAUAUUCUAUACAUUUAUUUCAACAUAGAGCUCUGUAUCUCAAAUAUAUGUUCACCCAUCAGUUCAUUCACUCAUUCACUCAUUCAUUCAGCAAGCAUUGSUUGAGCAACGACUUCAAGCAGACUCCUGUGAAAGGUGCAGUAGGAAGAUGCAUAAGACACUAUUCCUGCCUGUGUAACAUUUGUAAAUUGUAAAGAGGUGGUGACAAUCACGAUAAUCAGGUAGACAUGAAUGUUUACAAUAGAGUCAUAUGAAGUGUUCCAUGGGAAUCCACAAAUGAUAAGACAUGAGGAAUGAGUGUUUUCCUGCAGAAGAGGGCUUCAUGGGAUUUGUAGCUAUAUUAUUUCACUAGGAUGAAUGGAGCAAAGGGAAAGACUAGAAUUGGGAACUAGGAUUCAUCAACAGAAGACUUUUGAGUCUGGUGGGAGGUUGGUUUGGUAGGGUGAGUUGAGGUAGACAUAUGGAUGUAAAGCAACGUAUUAUUGCUGUAGUGGAGAAAGCAGUUGGGCUUAGCCAUGGAAAGAAGCAGCUGCAUAACCACAUAUUUUUACGGAUUUUUUCUUAGUGACAAUGCCAAAGGGAAGGUCCUUCAGUGGUUCUAGGAYACAGCUUCUUUCUAGAACCUGCUCAAGUUCACAUUGCCAAGUUUUUAUUUCUGCCUUACAUAAAAUUCAAGCUUCUGUUGCCUUAUUCUCAGGAGAGGUGGAAUGUAGGAAAUCAGUCUUUCCCACAUAAUGUUAUUUGUGUUCUUAAAGAUGGAGCUCCAACCAUCAGUCUUUACAAGUAAAUGACUUGAGAGGUCCAAGAAUUUUUGUGGAAAUCACAAGAAUCAAAUAUAGAAGAGACUAUGGAUGAAGUAUGGUGGCAGUCAGGGCCACACUGGUGAUCUUAUACCACGGAGUGUUCACUCUCUAUAACAUGUGCCUCCAGAAAAAUGACAAGCCCUAAUAUACAUAAUGUAGUGGUUUUCAAUCAGGGCAGUACAGUACCCCCACCCACUCAGGAGCUUCUUGGAAAUGCAUAUGCCAGGGGACCACAGAUGUUAAUUCAGUGAAGGGAUCAUAGAUGUUAAAUACGCUGCUGCAUGUCAGCCAGUUUCCCAGAACAAAAGGUGUUUUGCCUUACCUAGGAUUCUUGAGUUUAUUAGCUAUCAUUUUUAAAAAAAAAUGUGUAGUCUUUAAUUCAAGUGAAAUCAUUUGUCAGACCUUAUUGAUCCAAGGUGCAAGGUACUUAUGGAACAAAUAGUGUUGCAUGAUUCUGUAUGUUAUAGGCUGAUGGGCUUGGACAUGCCAUAAAUGCUUUCUUCACAGGAAGCCUCAGAUUGGUGCACAAUCUCAGGGUGGCAUCUUGGGCUCAGAGUUGGCUGCCCUAAGCCAUGACAAGGAUAAUGGCAUUGUGACUUUUGACUGGUCACCCUUGGGUCAACUGAAGGCACGCACGAGAUUUGCUUUGGCAGCCAAAUCCAUUAAUUAUGGCAAGUGUGUGGAAUUUGGAAAGCACUUGUGGGAAUGGGUAAUGACAUAGCAUAUAACUCAGUCCCAUUGCUGGAUCAUGUCCUGGGUUCUCUCAAAACAGGAGGAGGCUGAAAUCCCAGACAUGUGCCUUGAGAUUUCUAUUCCUGAGCGUAGAGGGUCUGAGAAACUGUGUGCCUUUGGAAAUGUUGUAAUGUAACUGCUGGUAAAUCAGUGUUUGGACCUUCAACAGUUACUAAGAGCAAGAGAUUAUCCAAGGCAGCAGAGCUUAGCAGAAUGCCUGUUCCGCUCCAACCAGCUGAAGUAGAAAUAUUUCAUAGAGUUGACAACUCAGUGGUAUGUGAGUCAACCUAGGUUGUCAUGGAACUUGACAGAAUACAUGAAAUAUAAAUCCAUGUCUUUAUCAUCUCUUCAUGUUUUUUAGUACCUAGCAUGUUUCCUGCAUGCUGGAGCAGGAGCAAUGCUUCAUCAAAGGCAAUAUAUUYAAGUAGAAUCUUGAAGGUAGAUAGUGUCUUAGUAGAAGCCCUCAUGAGUUUUUUGCAUGGAGAGUUGAACCCAGAACAUCCCAGCUAUGCAAAAGAUACAGCAUAGUUUAUAACUGAUCUUAUCAUCCUCAUCUUCCAGAUAGUAGUGGUAUUUAUUUAAACUUGUUUCUCARAGAAACAUUAUGAGAUUAUAAUGCUGGAGGAUCAUCAACUCUGAACACUUUCCUUUCCCAUUACCUGGAAAGCCUACCAUUCACAUUUGAGAGGAAAAAAAGAGCAAGGAUCUCUGUAGGGAGAUUUCCUCUUUUCAUUUUCUCACAGUCUAAAUGCCCUCCAUGGAAUUAUGAUUCCCAAUCCAUCAUCAGGCAUUGUAUCCAAAAUUUGGGAAGGAAGGUUAAAUACAAUAUCUAUUUCCCUUUGGUAAAUUCUCUAGGGAAUGACCAAAGUAUUAUUAUCCACCACAAUAGGACACUUUCAUCUGAUUUAUUCAGUGAAUUUUAAUAAUUAGACCUCUCAAAUGUAGGAUUUGCUUUAGGUAAUAUCCAUGUUCUUAGCAUUCAAGUCAUUGUACAUGUUUUUAGAUGUCAUUAAAUACUUAGUAAUAUUU